AGACGCGCGAGGGCCGGCGGAGUUUCUUCACAGGAACUACCGCCCUGGGAGGAAGCGUCUGUUUAGUUUCAGCACAGACGACUGGGCUUGGGAGCUUACGAGGUUGCAGUCUGGAGGGCGCCAACAGCAGCUCCCAGGGCUGCUUUUCCUGGUGGGUCUCACGUCAGACCGUUGUUGGGUGCCCCUACCCGGGCUCCAGAGUGGUGAGAACGAGGAGGAUGGGGUUUCUCCUUGUUCGGGGAUCCAGAGAUUACAGCCGUGGGUAGGGUCCUCUGACCACCGAGCAGUUUGUUCCAGGGGAUGGCUGCGUAUUGUGAGACCCUCUGCUGAGUUCUGGAGGUGGUUGUCGGUUGCUGAUUACCAGGGCAACCCUUGGGAUUAUGGCUGUGGUGAGGUGGUUGUUAAGAGGGCGUCAUUGAGCCUAGUGUAAUCCUAACCCUUUCACAGCCCAAUCUUAUUUGGAAGAGGGCUUAGAGCGUGCACUUCUGGAAGCUAGGAACCUCCUAACUCAGGACGUAGACUGAUGAUUGAUUACAGUUUCAAUUCUUCGGAAGAUCUUUCUUUUAAAGAGAAAUUGACUUCCUGUCGAUUCCACUCGAGGCCCCAUAAUUCAUGAAUUCUUCCAGAGAACUCAAUUGUGUUACUUUGGGGAACAAAUAUCACGGCAGUCUUUAGUGAGGUUUUAGAAUCUGCCCUCUUUCUUGACCAGAACACGCUGCAAGCACGUCAAGGUAGUCGGAGUCCCCUAACAAUGGAUAAAUUCGUCAUUCGAACGCCUAGAAACCAGAAUAGCCCUCAGAAGAAAGAUUCUGGAGGAAAGGUUUUCAAGCAGGCUACGAUUGAAUCUCUGAAGAGAGUUGUGGUUGUAGAAGACAUAAAAAGAUGGAAAACUAUGCUGGAGCUUCCUGAUCAAACCAAAGAGAAUCUUGUUGAAGCCUUACAAGAAUUAAAGAAGAAAAUACCCUCCAGGGAAGUGUUAAAAUCAACAAGGAUAGGUCACACUGUGAACAAGAUGCGUAAACACUCAGAUUCAGAAGUGGCUUCUCUUGCCAGAGAAAUUUACACUGAGUGGAAAACUUUCAUUGAAAAACAUUCAAAUAGACCUUCUAUUGAAGUUAGAAGUGAUCCCAAAACCGAGUCAUUUAGGAAAAAUGCUCAGAAAUUACUCUCAGAAGCCUUGGAAUUAAAGAUGGAUCACCUACUGGUUGAAAAUAUUGAGCGGGAAACGUUUCAUCUCUGCUCCCGCCUCAUUAAUGGGCCGUACCGGCGGACGGUGAGAGCCCUGGUCUUCACAUUAAAGCACCGAGCUGAAAUCCGGGCUCAGGUGAAGAGCGGCUCGCUGCCGGUCGGCACGUUUGUACAGACCCACAAAAAGUGACCUGAGGAAGGUUCCAGCCCUGGGCCAGGCAGAGAGGAAAAUGGGCCUGUCUCUGCCGUUCAAAGACGCUUUUGAGUUUGGGUGAUGGCUGAUGCUGGCUGUGCUAGAUUUUCCCAUGGUGCCGUUCCUUUGCAGACAGAGAAUUCGGAGAGCCCUAGGAGACAGGCCUGCAGGAAUGUGCUUCAUUAGCUGGAGUGCGCUGGUGCUGCCUAACAGAACGCACACUGGCUGUCACUAGGAAGCGCCAUACGGUUGCUAUCACCCAACAUGGUGAAAGGGUGAUGGAUUUCACUGUGAGUAUGCCAAGGACACCUCUAAACUUCCCCCAUGUCAGGCAGAUGAAGUUACUACUUUAUUUCACCACCCUGCAGGUAACUGAAACUCAAUUACCGCUGCCGCUCACUCGGUUCCAUCCCCCUGAGUUUAGAUAGCUCUGGUGCCUCUCAGAACUCCCCUGUCUGUUCUCUUUGCUCUACCCCAGGGGUGAGCCUGCCGGAGCCAGCCGACUACCCCUUCUUCCCAGAGCUCACUUAUCUGAACGUUUCAGCUCUCCCUGGAAGACCUUCUGCGUUGGUCUCCAGAGCCCCCAUGCUGAGGCUACUAAUGAGGAACUGGCCCGAAGCCUCCCACACCUCGGGGUUUAUUUGAAUACGCUGGUGCUCUCAGUUUAGGGCUCUGUAGAAGAUACAUAAUGAAAUUUCUCUUGAAAUGAAUUACUGCAGUAGAAAAAAGUACAUACAUAUAUAUGUUAAAAUGAAAUGUCUCUACACAGGCCUGUUUUAACAAUUAUGUAAAUAAUACUUGUUUUUUAAAAGUAAUAAUAAGCUGGGAAUUUUUUUUUCUAAAACAGAAGGUGGAGUUUGUUCUCUGAAAAGUGUUUUGGGUUGAGAAAGGGUACAGUUGGUGAAAUUUAAAAAUGAUGGAACAAGAAUUUGAGGAAUGUAGAAGACUCAAGGAAGUGGGGAUUAGAUUAGGGGAGACUGGAGCACGUUUGUAAUCUGAAAGGAAGGAGCUGGUAGAAAGGGAGAGAUUUUAAAUUAAAAAAAAAAGAAGAUGAGUUGAAAAACAAGGAGAGAAGGGACAGGACUGACAUUAUUGCCUAACUUCUAAAUGCUAGGCACUUUUCCUAAGACAGUUUAUUAACAUUUACGUGGAUCAAAAACAAGGGGAGAAGGGACGGGACUAACAUUAUUGCCUACCUUGUAAAUGUUAGGCACUUUUCCUAUGACAGUUUAUUAACCUUUACCUGGAUCUGUAUAUAGUUUUGUAAAAAUAUUGCUUACUUCUCUUCACCCAUUAUAUUAAGUAGGUAUUGUUCUUUUCAUUUUUUAGAUUUAUUUGUUUAUUUAGCAACCAUUUCCUGAGCAUCCAUUCUGUGGGGUAGGUGUAUACUGAGCAGUAGUUACAAAUGGGAGCCUGAGGCUCACUGAGCAGAAACAUCACCUUCAAUUUCCCACUGCUAGUAACUAUUGGAGCUACAAUAAUAAUAAUCGAGCAUUUACCCUGGGCCCAGCACUGUGGUAACCAUUUUACAAAAAGAAAAUACCCAGUUAAACAUGAUAAAAGUGAGGCUCAGAAAGGGUAUAGUGACUUACUCAAGGUCACGCAGAUAGUGAAUGACAGAGCUAAGAUUCAAAAUCCAGGUCUAUUUGACUGUAUAUGGUUCCCUUGGAUGAUUUCAUCCACUCUCAUGUUUUCAAGCAUCGUUUACAUGCUGAUGACAUUCCAGUUUGUAUCUUCAGCCCAGACCUGUCCCCUGACUUUCAGAUGAUAUUUCCUAGAUGCCCCAUAGACAUCUCAGAUAUAACAUGUCUUCUCUCCAUUGGCAGUACCAGCAAGCCAGACACUCCAGCUAGGAACUCAAGGGGUCAGCCUAGACCCCACAUCUCCCACCCUCAGCCAACCAAGUCCUGGUGGUUUGAUUAGGUUGGUGCAAAAGUAAUUGUGGUUUUUGCCAUUACUUCUAAUGUAUUACUUCUUUGCAUUUGCUGUUCCAGUUGCAAUGCUCUUUCCCCAGACAUCUGCAUGUUCUUGUCCUCACUUGCUUUAGGUCUCUCUUUCCCUUAUCAAAAAGGCCUUUGCUGACUACCCUAAAUACAAUAGCACUCCCUCCCAACUAUUCUUUAAUGCUGUACCUAGCUUUAUUUUUCUUCAGAAUAUUUAUUAUUCCUUAACAUAGUUAUUUCUUUAUUGUCUAUCUCCCCACUCCCAGAAUGUAAGCUUCAUGAAAGCAGAGUCUUUGUUCUGUUCCCUGCUAUAUCUCCAGCAUCUGGAACAGAGCCUGGGACAAGCUAGGUCUCCAUAACUAUUUAUUGGAUAGUUGAGUGACUGGUUGUGGAUGUACAGGAUAAGCAUCUAAUUCAAUCAGGGGGUGCUUCCUGGAGGAGCUGAUACCUGUAUUCAUUCUUAAAGGGCAGGAGUUUGGAUAGGGGAAUGUUAGUUAGUAUAACGAAAAUUUCAAAAUUAAAGGGCAGGAGUAAUUAAUUGGGUGGUUGAGAUGCAUGCCUGGCAGAGCAAGCAGAGUAUGGAAAAACCCAGAAGUGGAGAUAUCUGGAAGGUGAUUGGUAUGGCUGGAGUAGAGGACACUGACAGGAGAGUAGCUGGAGAUGAGGCAGGAGAGGAAGGCAAGGACCGGGACCAGGUUUGAAGGGUCUUGAGUAUCAGGUGAAGGCGGUAGACUGAUUUGAAGCAGGAACUGGUCACUUUUGUGUUAAUAGGCUAUGUGGAAGAGAAGCUGGGGUAGGGAGACUAGAAUUAGCAAGCUUCAUGUUUACAGAACCAAAGAGUUCUGCUAACUUAGGAACCCAGAGUAAGUUGAAAACAAAUUGCUCUCUGGCUGAAAGCCUUCAGUGGUGAUAGUUGGAAAGUAGAAUGAUUGCAGAGAUGUGCUUUGGAGAUUUGGAAAGCAGGCUGUGUUAUUUGUGGCUGUUUUCUCCUUGAUGCAUGUGCAGAAUUUCCAUGAACGCUAAUGGAGCUAUUCUGAGCAUUUGCUGAAGGGAAGGAAGCUUGCAGACAUCCCUCCCAAUCUUGCCCACACACUGAGAAGUAACUCGGAGCUACAGUCUGUUAAAAAUGAAAAGGUUGAGGCCGGGUGCAUUGGUUCAUGCCCAUAAUCCCAGCGCUUUGGGAGGUCGAGGCAGGCAGAUCACCUGAGGUCAGGAGUUUGAAACCAGCCUGGCCAACAUGGUGAAACCGUGUCUCUACUAAAAAUACAAAAAUUAGCCAGAUGUGGUGGCAGGCGCCUGUGAUCCCAGCUACUUGGAAGGCUGAGGCAUGAGAAUCGCUUGAACCUGGGAGACGGAGGCUGCAGUAAGCCAGGAUUGCGCCACUGCACUCCAGGCUGGGCAACAGAGUGAGACUCUGCCUCAAAAAAAAAGAAAGAAAAAGAAAAAGUUGCCCCUGAAAUGGGGUGAGUUACCUGUAAGUCAGGGUGUGAAUAUGUCUUAUAAGCAAGUUCAGUUGCUAGGGGAAAUGUGGGAAAGUAAAUACCAUUUGUGUCUGCUCUAAUAGCUUAUUGAUGCUUUUCUUGUAGUGGUUAAUUUGGAGGUCCUGGUUGGGCAUGGUAGCUCACGCCUAUAAUCCCAGCACUUUGGGAGGCUGAGGCAGGCAGAUCACUUGAGGUCAGGAGUUUGAGACCAACCUGGCCAACAUGGUGAAACCUUGCCUGUACUAAAAAUACAAAAAUUAGCCAGAUGUGGUGGCAGGCACCUGUAAUACCAGCGCUCGAUAAGCUGAGGCAGGAGAAUUACUUGAACCCGGGAGGCGGAGGUUGCAGUGAGCUGAGAUGGCGCCAUUGCACUCCAGCCUGGGUGACAGAGCAAGACUCAGUCUCAAAGAUAAAAUAAAAUAAAAAUAAAUAAAUAAAAAUUGGAGGUCUUGGUUCUUUGUGUAGGGACUUAGUCUCUGUAUUUUCAUUCAUUCAUUCAACAAACAAAUAUUGCCCAUCUUCUGUGUGCCAAGGACUAGACUGGCACUGGGGACACAGCAAUAAAGGAGAGAUAAUUUCCUCUGAGUCUGGUGAGGCAGAUAGAUACAUAACUAAAUAAAUAGAGUAUAGCAUAUUGGGUGAUAACUAUAGACAUAAAAAUAUUGAGAAGAUGGGGAAAGGAAUGAAUAACACCACUCAGAGGAAGAAUCUUCACAGAGGAGUUCAUGUUUGAACCAAAGCCAGAAGGAUAGGUAGGAGUUCUUAGCAGAGGGCUCAGUCUAUGUGAAAGCACAGAAGCGUGAGGUGUAUGGCUAGUUUCAGUAAAGGCAAAUAACAUGAGGUGGUUGAAGCAUAAGGUUCUUAGGAAUGGUAGUGAGACAUUGGGCAAAAAAAGUAACCAAGGCCUUGGAGGCCUUAUCAACGAGUUUGGACUUUGGCCUUCAGAUAAUGGGAUACCAUGAGAAGUUUUUGAGGAGGCGAGGGACCUAAUCAGAUGUGUGUUUUAGAGAGAUUAAAAAAACAAAAACAAAAACAUAUUUUAAGAACAUUUUAAACAUUCAAAAGAAACCCAACAAUUUAAGGCAAAGGAAAGAAACACUUGAGAUUCAGUAAAUUAGAAGGGGUUUUUUUUUUUUUGACAAAUGAAGUUUAAAGUUGCCCAAACAGAUAUCAUUAGAGAAUCCCAGGUUUGAAAAAUGGCAGGAGACCCAGAUAAUGCAUUUACUGUGUUCUGUGGUGAAGGAACAGGCAGCUGGCCUUUUUCAUUUAUAGAAUAUCAGGUUCUUAAACUUGUGCCUGUCAACCUUGGUUGUCUUUUGCUGUAGCCUCAGGCCUCAGAACCUUACUCUGAGAUAGGUAAUGUGUUUUGAAUGUGUUUAUCACAGCCAGAUGGGGCAAAGGCUCAGUUGGUUACUGCCCAUUAUUGCAAGGGAAGGGAGUCCAUCCAGAAAACAGAGCUUUGGGAGUUUCAGUUAGUUGGGUGACACUACCCUGGUAUCAAAGGAAAGAUAGUUUGAUUGGAUGACAUUGUAUUUUCUUUAAAUCAAUCAAAAUGAUACAAUUACUGUCAGGGAUGGACUUACUCAUAACGUGGGGAGGUUGGUUUCAAGAUCCAAGAAGAUCAAGACAUCCAAUCAAAUGCUGUUUUUUAAUGUUGAUAAAAUCAUUCUUUCAAUACAUAUUUGUUGAGUUCUUACGUGUCAGGUAUUAGGGUCACAGGGAUAGAGAAGACAUAAUCUUUGGCCUCAAGAAGCUUACAGUCUAGUGAAGGAGAAGACAAUAAACAGACAAUUUUUACUAUUUAUUUUUAUUUUGGGAGGGGGUCAGGGUCUCACUCUGUCACCCAGGGUGCAGUACAGUGGUGCAAUUACAGGUCACUGCAGCUUUGACCUCCCAGGUUCAAGCAAGCCUCCUACCUCAAGCCUCCCAAGUGUCUGGGACUAUAGGUGUGUGCCACCAUACCUGGCUGAUUUUUUAUUAGCCAGGUUGUCACCAUGUUGACCAGGCUUGUCUUGGACUCCUGGCGUCAAGUGAGCCUCCUGCCUUGGCCUCCCAAAGCGUUGGGAUUACAGGCAUGAGUCACUGUGCCUUGCCCAGACCGUUUUUGAAAACACAAAUGGGCAGGGUGCGGUGAGAUUUUUAGGGGUCAGUGGUCUGUGAUGUGGCAAGGACAUUCUCUUGAAAGUAAAAGAUAAUUAUUGCAUCUCACUCCAACCAUUAAGAAGGAAGCACAAUGCCUGGCAGCCCUCUUUAGGUUUUGGAGACAGCAUAUCCCACACCUAGGAAUAUGCUCCAUCCAUGUACUGGAUGACACAGAAAGUUGUCAGUUUUGAUUGAGGCCCAGAGCAGGAAAGGGCUCAGCAGAAGCUCCAGGCUACAAUACAAGUGGCCAUGCGGUGUGGGACAGAUGAGCUGGCAGAGCCCAGAGUACCUGAGGUAUCUGUGGUGGGAACAGAUGCCUGUGAAGUUUAUGACAAGACCCUACAGGAGAAUCACAAUGUAGACACCUGGGGUUCUGGAGCGGGGCCAUGCCAUCUGUAGCCAAGAACUGUAUACUUCUUAGGAAACAACUCUUGAUGCUACAGGGUUCUGGUAGAGACAGAUCAUCAGACCAUAGAUCAUCAAGUUGACCAUGUGACCAGGCCUGUUCAUCAUGAGCUGGAUUCUGCCAUAUCCACCAACUCAUAAGGUCAGGCAAAGCCAGCAGCACUUCCUAAGAUAGAAAUAGUACAACUGGGGUUGGGCAUAGCAGGGCCAGCGGGCAGAAGAUAGUUACGUGAGCAGGUGGCCCAGACAUCUAUGUCAUCCACUACCUUUGCACCAGUACCUGCCUGUCCCUCAUUUCACACCUUUGGCUGCCUGGGGAGCUCUUUAUAUCCAGCUGAUAGAAGAGAAAAAAAGCCAUGCCUUGUCCUUAGAUAACCUAUCUAAGUUCAGUGUGUGUGAGCAAGACAAAAAGAGAUUGUGGCUGCACUGCAACCCCACACAGGGGCAUCCUUGAAACACAGCAGAGUGG